AUUAUUAACAUUACAUCACACACAUACCAUAAUCUAAGAAGAAAAAAAAACAUAUCAUAAUUGUCUACAUGACACAAUAUGGUGUAGGUCUUAUUGCCUCUCAAUCAUCUCUCUUAUGUCUCCCACUGGUUUUAGAACCCCAAGAAAACAAGAUUUUGAAGUAAAGAUUUGCGGUUGUUUGCGUUUGUUUGUUGGUUAGGUUGUUGAGAUUUCUCUCUCUCUUUUCUCUAUCUAUUUUUCUCAAACACUUUGACACAUAACUUAACACAAACCCAAUAAAUUGGGUGAGAAUUCUCUAUAUUUAGGGUCACAUAGCAUACACAUUUUGGGUUUAAUGGCACAGUUACCUCCUAAAAUACCAACCAUACCCCAAAAUUGGCAACAUUUUUCUCACCAAAAGGUAUCAUCAUCCUCCACAAUGUCAAAUAUCACCUCUACAACCACCACCGAUCAUCAACAAUUACCGUCAUGGAUCGACGAAUUCCUCGACUUCUCCUCGGUAAGACGAGGAGCCCACCGGCGUUCUGCCAGCGACUCUAUAGCCUUCCUCGAGACAUCAUUUCUCGAGGAAGACGGAAAAAGUGGUGGUGAUGGAGAGGGUGACUUUGAUAGACUGGAUGAUGAACAAUUAAUUUCCAUGUUCUCUGACAAUGUUGGCGGCGGUGUCUCGUUCCCGCCUCCAUCAACCUCCAACCCGUCGUCACCGUCCUCCGACCAAAAUAGCAACAACAAUGAACAGAAACCAAUGGCAAUGGCGUUGGAUUCUGCACCAGUUCAAGAACGUUUUCUUCAUCAUGAGGUGAAGCCUAAGGAUGAAGCGGUUGAAGAUGAAAGCUCGUGUAGAAUUGAAGAAGCGGCGGCGGCGGCGCCAUCUUUCGCCGCAACCAUCACCUGCACUGAAACCGUUGUUGAUCCCAAGAGGGUCAAAAGAAUUUUGGCAAACCGGCAAUCAGCUCAGAGGUCAAGAGUGAGAAAGCUGCAAUACAUUUCUGAGCUUGAAAGGAGUGUAACAUCUUUGCAGACGGAGGUUUCAGCAUUAUCACCACGUGUAGCAUUCUUGGACCAUCAACGUUUGAUUCUUAAUGUCGACAACAGUGCCUUAAAGCAAAGAAUUGCAGCAUUGGCUCAGGAUAAGCUUUUCAAAGAUGCUCAUCAAGAAGCAUUAAAGAAGGAAAUAGAAAGGUUGAGACAAAUCUAUCACCAACAAAACAUACAAAAGAUGGGAAGUUCAAUGAAUAAUAAUAACAACAAUGGUCAUUCUCUUCCAUCACUACCAACAUCACAACCACACCAAGACUCUUUCCAUAAUCACUUGGAAUGCAAAGACAAAGAGCAACUCCUUAGUUAAAAAGAGAAAAGUGGAUGAUGUUAUUAUGUUCCUUGGUGCUAACAUGUGAUAUGUUCCUAUCAAAGUUGAUGUGGGACCUUUGACACAUUUAUGAGUAAUUGGAGGGUAGGAAGUUGACAUGUGGAAUUGGUUCUAAAUAGAUUGCUGUUUUUUUUUUUUUUUAAUUUGGGAUUGGUUUGGAAUCAUAAGAUUUAAUUUCUUAUGAUUACACUUUUUUAACAGAAAUUUUUUCUUAAUGUUUUUUAAAUUUUUGGGGGUGAAAUAAGGGGACAAAGAAUAGUGGGAUUUUAUUGGGAUAUGUAUGGAAAUGGAAGCCAUUUAGAGAAUUAUUUUCUCCUUUUUUUGUGUGGAGGAAGGGUGUGUUAAUUGAUGUAAUUUUCUUGUUGUUCACUUGGGACUAAUUGUCUAUUAAUUCAAAUUUCUUAUUUUUGUUCA